GACCCGCAUGAGGCUUGAGGUGGAACAUUCAUCUUAAUUCAGCAAAAUGUCCAGCAGUCUAAAAGGGACUGCCAGCAAAGGGGUUCCUUCAGAACUGGUCUACGUGUAAAGAAAGGCACAACUAUAGUGUGAAAGGAUAGCAGAGGGCUCUGCAAUCAUGCCGACCCGAAAGAUAACACUACUGGAAGCCUGGGAUAGGCACAGGACCUUUCGGAGGAAGAAAGCUAAAGACCUGAAAAUAUCUCCUCGUCUACUCCCACUGCUGAGAGACCCCGGUGUGGUUGCAUCUCUCGCCCAGCAGAAUGUCAAGAUGGUCGCCCUGCUCCCUCCCACAGGCACCGAAGUGUUCCGCCGCUUCACCCUUGAGUCGCUGGCGGAGAUCGAGAGGCGGAUGGCAGAGGAAGCAGUGGAGCAGGAGAGAAAAAAGGCCCUGAACAUUGAGGUGGCAGAGGAGGACCUGCCAAAGCCAGCUGUCGACCUGGAGGCCGGCAAGGCCCUGCCGUUCAUCUACGGAGACCCGCCACCUGAGCUGUUCAACACGCCCCUGGAGGAACUGGAUCCUUUCUACAAAUCACACAAAACCUUUAUUGUCAUAACCAAAGGGAAUACAAUCUUCAGGUUCAAUGCUGAGCCUGCCUGCUACAUUCUGACACCCUUCAGUAUUCUCAGGAGAGGAUCCAUCAAAAUUCUCAUACAUUCAUUAUUUAGCAUGUUCAUCAUGUUAACAAUCAUGUCCAACUGUGUGUUUAUGACGAUGAGUGACCCUCCGGCAUGGAGUAAAACUGUUGAAUAUGUUUUCAUUGGUAUCUAUACCUUUGAGGCAACAAUUAAAGUGUUGUCCAGAGGCUUCUGUGUUGGAGAUUUCACAUUCCUUCGAGAUCCAUGGAACUGCCUGGAUUUCAUGGUGAUCAGCAUGGCGUACCUCACAGAGUUUGUUGACCUGGGCAACGUGUCUGCCCUCAGGACGUUCCGUGUGCUCCGAGCCCUUAAAACAAUCCCUGUAAUUCCUGGUCUGAAAACCAUUGUGGGCGCUCUGAUACAGUCAGUGAAGAAGCUGGCUGAUGUGAUGAUCAUAACAGUGUUCUGCCUGGCUGUGUUCGCUCUGGUCGGCCUGCAACUGUUCAUGGGAAUCCUGAAGCAGAAGUGUGUUUACUGGCCCCCUGCGGAAUGGCGUUUAAACUCCACCAACAUGGACAACAUCACUAUGGCCUUCAACAACAUUACUGGUUUCAACAACAUUAUGGGCUACAAUGGCACAAACAGCGGCAACAGUACGUGGGACUUCAAGGCAUACAUCGACGAUAAAGAGAACCAUUACUUCCUUCCUGGAAUGUUAGACCCUCUUCUUUGUGGAAACGCUUCUGAUGCUGGAAAUUGCCCUGAAGGAUACACGUGUAUGAAGGCCGGAGGGAAUCCCAACUAUGGCUACACAAGCUACGACAGUUUUGGAUGGGCCUACCUUGCCCUAUUUCGGCUCAUGACACAGGACUUCUGGGAAGAUCUAUUCCAUCUGACUCUUCGCUCAGCCGGGAAAACCAACAUGAUUUUCUUUGUGGUGGUGAUCUUCCUGGGCUCGUUCUACCUGAUCAACCUGAUCCUGGCUGUGGUGGCCAUGGCAUAUGCUGAGCAGAACGAGGCCACCAUGGCCGAGGCCAAGGAGAAGGAGGAGGAGUAUGCCAUGAUCCUGGAACGCCUGAAGGAAAGGAAAAAAGCAGAGGUCAAAAAGUCUGCUGUUGUGUUGAAGAGGGCCAGUGGACCCAAGGGGAGUAAGGACCAGCUGGAAGUAUCAGGCCUGCAGAAGAAGACACCCAGUUCACCCAGUGUCUACAGCCAAGAUGACAUGGAUGAUCUGGAGGAGGAACUGAGACCUUGUCCGCCCUUCUGGUACAAGUGUUCAGACGUCUUCCUGAAAUGGAACUGCUGUGUGCCCUGGGUGACUUUCAAGAAGUGGAUGUACUUCAUAGUGAAUGACCCGUUCGUGGACUUGGGCAUCACCAUCUGCGUUGUACUCAACACCAUAUUCAUGGCCAUGGAGCACUACCCCAUGACAGCAGAAUUUGAAGAUGUGCUGAGUGUGGCGAACUUGGUCUUCACAGGAAUCUUCACAGCAGAGAUGGUGCUGAAGCUCAUCGCCAUGGAUCCGUACUACUACUUCCAGGUCAGGCAGAACAUCUUCGACAGCAUCAUUGUGACCAUAAGCCUGGUGGAGCUGUGUCUGGCCGACAUCGAGGGUCUGUCCGUGCUCCGCUCCUUCCGUCUGAUGCGUGUUUUCAAACUGACCAAAUCCUGGCCCACACUCAACAUGCUAAUCAAGAUCAUCGGUAAUUCAAUGGGAGCCCUUGGUAACCUCACCCUGGUCCUGGCCAUCAUCGUCUUCAUCUUCUCCGUGGUGGGCAUGCAGCUCUUCGGCAAGAGCUACAAAGAGUAUGUCUGCAAGAUCUCCUCAAACUGCGAGCUGCCCCGCUGGCACAUGCAUGACUUCUUCCACGCUUUUCUCAUCAUCUUCCGGGUGCUGUGCGGAGAGUGGAUCGAGACCAUGUGGGAAUGCAUGGAGGUGGCCGGACAGGGCAUGUGUCUCGUUGUCUUCAUGAUGGUCAUGGUCAUCGGUAAACUAGUGGUGUUGAACCUCUUCUUGGCCUUGCUGCUGAGUUCGUUCAGCGGUGACAACCUGGCGGCUCCAGAGGAGGACAGGGAGAUGAACAACCUGCAGAUCGCCAUCAGCAGGAUCACCAGGGGCAUCGACUGGGCCAAGGCAUACAUAAUCAAACAGUUCUGCAUUAUCACAGGGAAGCAGCCUAAGGAGGAUGGAGACGGGGCUGAUGGUAAUGGGGGUAGUAAUGGGGAUGUGGAUGGCCUCCCGAAGGACAGCUUGGCUUUGAAAAAUAUAAACUCCAGUGACAACCCAAAGGCUGAUUUGGAGCUGAAAAUGCUGGACGUUUGGGUGGACGAUGUUAACCCAAGUGGAUUUCUUACAAAUGCGGAUUUGACCCUGGAUGUACCUAUUGCCAAAAUGGAGUCUGAUGAUGAGGAUGACAGCUCCAAAGAGGAAGAAGGAGAAGGCGCAAAUGGGGAUGCUGAAAAGGAUACUGAGUUAAGGAAACCUAUUGCACAGGACAAUGCCUCUUCAAUCUGCAGCACAGUGGACAAUCCCCCUGAAGUGGAGGAAGAAGAGGCAGACCCCACCAGCCCUGAGAACUGCUGGACCGAGAAAUGCAUUGGACGAUGCCCUUGCCUUGAUUUUGACAUCACCACGGGCAAAGGAAAGACUUGGUGGAACUUCAGGAAAACAUGCUUCCUCAUUGUGGAGCACAACUACUUUGAGACCUUUAUCAUCUUCAUGAUCCUGAUGAGUAGUGGAUCUUUGGCUUUUGAAGACAUAUACAUUGAACAGCGCAGGACCAUAAAAAUCAUCCUGGAAUAUGCUGAUCAAGUCUUCACCUACGUGUUCAUUAUUGAGAUGCUCCUGAAGUGGGUGGCUUACGGAUUCCAGGCCUACUUCACAAACGCAUGGUGCUGGCUGGACUUCCUCAUUGUGGAUGUGUCUUUGAUUAGCUUAAUGGCUAACAUCCUGGGCUACGCUGAACUUGGACCAAUCAAAUCUCUUCGAACGCUAAGGGCUUUGCGGCCCCUCCGCGCCCUGUCCAGAUUUGAGGGAAUGAGGGUGGUGGUGAACGCUCUGGUGGGGGCCAUUCCUUCCAUCUUUAAUGUGCUUCUAGUGUGCCUCAUCUUCUGGCUCGUCUUCAGCAUCAUGGGAGUCAACCUGUUUGCUGGGAAGUACUACUUCUGCUUCAACACCACCGCUGUGGAGAGGUUCUCUGCUGACAUUGUGAAUAACAAGACUGAAUGCCAUCAACUAAUAAUGGAGGGUAAUGACGAGGUGCGCUGGAUGAACGCAAAGGUCAACUAUGACAACGUGCCCAUGGGCUACCUCUCUCUCCUGCAAGUAGCAACAUUUAAAGGAUGGUUGGAAAUAAUGUAUGGAGCUGUGGAUUCACGUUUUGUGGAAGACCAGCCCAUAUUUGAGGAUAAUGUUUACAUGUACAUCUACUUUGUCAUAUUCAUCAUAUUUGGGUGCUUCUUCACCCUGAAUCUCUUCAUUGGUGUCAUUAUCGACAACUUCAACCAACAAAAGAAGAAGUUUGGAAGGAAAGAUAUUUUCAUGACAGAGGAACAGAAGAAAUACUACAAUGCCAUGAGAAAGCUUGGUUCCAAGAAGCCACAGAAACCCAUUCCUAGACCCCAGAACAAAUUCGCAGGCAUUAUCUUCGACCUGAUCACCCAACAAUUCUUCGACAUCUUCAUUAUGGUGCUGAUCUGCCUCAACAUGGUAACGAUGAUGGUGGAGACGGAUGACCAGAGCAUGGAGAAGGAGGAAAUCCUCUACCUCCUCAACCUGGUGUUUAUCAUCAUCUUCACCACAGAGUGUAUCCUCAAAUUGAUCGCACUGCGACAAUAUUAUUUCUCAGUCGGAUGUAAUAUUUUGGAUUUUGUCGUCGUCAUUCUCUCCAUCGUUGGUAUUCUGCUGGCAGACAUCAUAGAGAAGUAUUUUGUCUCACCUACCCUUUUCUGUGUCCUAAGACUGGCCAGGAUUGGUCGAAUUCUGAGACUCAUCCGAGGAGCUAAAGGCAUCCGGACACUGUUGUUUGCCCUGAUGAUGUCACUUCCUGCUCUCUUCAACAUUGGGCUCCUGCUCUUCCUCAUCAUGUUUAUCUACUCCAUUUUCGGAAUGUCCAACUUUGCGUAUGUCAAGAAGGAGGCCGGAAUAGACGAUAUGUUCAAUUUUGAAACUUUUGGCAACAGUAUCAUUUGUCUGUUCAUGAUCACAACCUCAGCCGGUUGGGAUAGUCUCCUCUCACCCAUUCUGAAUAGUGGACCUCCGGACUGUGACCCGUACGUGGAAAAUCCUGGCACAGAUGUAAGAGGCAACUGCGUCAACCCUGGUUUGGGAAUUCUUUUUUUAUGCAGCUACAUCAUCAUGUGUUUCCUUGUUGUGGUCAACAUGUACAUUGCCAUUAUCCUUGAGAACUUCAAUGUGGCCACAGAGGAGAGUGGCGACCCUCUGUGUGAAGAAGACUUCGAGAUGUUCUACGAGACCUGGGAGAAGUUCGACCCUGACGCUUCACAAUUCAUUGCCUACGACAUUUUGUCGGAGUUCUGUGACACGCUUAAAGACCCGCUCAGGAUCCCCAAACCCAACACAAUCAUGCUGAUCACCAUGGACCUUCCCAUUGUCCCUGGGGAUAAGAUCCACUGUCUGGACAUCCUGCUGGCACUGACCACAGAGGUGCUGGGAGAGUCAGGGGAGAUGGACGCCAUGAAGGAGAGCAUGGAGGAGAAGUUCAUGGCCAACAACCCCUCUAAAGUGUCAUACGAGCCAAUCACCACCACCCUGAGGCGAAAGCGGGAGGAGGUAGCAGCUGUUGUUAUUCAGAGAGCCUAUCGUAAGCAUCUGCUGAGACGUUCGAUGAAACUCGCUUCCUACAAGUACUGCGAAAAGAACGAGUUAACCAAGGAGGACGAAGCACCGCCAGAGAAGGAGGGAAUGAUUGCCAUCAGGAUGAGCAAACUGUAUGGAAGCCAACAAUUACUCAGAGGGGAUGAAACUGUUGUAGAAGUGGAUUCUUUUGAAAAACGGGACAGCAAAGAACUGACAGAGACACAACCUCCUGAGGAGACUACUGAGGAGCCACCGCCUGUUGAGCUUCAGAACGAGAUCAUCUUGCGCUCUGCCCCCUUUGUCAUCCCUGCCUCAAUCCAUAACUCACAGCUGAAAGAGUCCGAUGUUUGAAUAACUAGUGCAAACAAUGGAUAAAAACUGCAUUAUCAUGGUGCCAUUCUGCCUUUGACGAUGAGACUGCUUGUUCAUCUCCAAAGUCCAACUUUAGUAUGCUUGGCUUGGGUCAAAGAUAGGGUUCUCGCUAACUAAGUCUCUGAGGGACACAUUGAGCCCAGCCCACUGAAUCAGUGAUUGCGUAGAGAUGAUGAUAUAACGAAUAUAGCAGUCAAUUUAAUUGAUGUUGAUGAUGAUAACCUGGAAUGUAUUGACUGAGAAAUCAUGGCUAUUGUUGGCAAGACAAUAACCAAAGCCUGAGCUGAAAGUUUGGGCCCAUUUAUGGAUGCAAGCCCAGUUGUGGUAGCAGACCCCUUAUAAUAUAUAGUUGAGAUCAAUUGAGAAUUAAAUAACCUAAGAGAUAGGUAGCAAUGUAUAAAAUGAUAAUAAGUCAAUACAACUCCAUCUCACCAGAGAGUAGGGACGUGACUCCUAUGGUUUUGCUCUUAACAGAAAAACAUACUUUUCAGUGCCCUGAAAGUAAUUGAAUAAAUAUGUUCCUUUUCGUAUUUUUAAUGCCUUUUUUAUUCAAGAUAAAGUCAAAUCUGCACUUACAUUAUUCAAUUGCAACAAAAAAGGCCAACAAUUGUCAUGCGUCAGUGUGUAGCGGUAGGAAGGAGUCAGGCGCAGGACACUGAACUUAGUAAACAACGUACUUUACUUAACAAAAGUAACAGAGCAUAUCUUCCACGCAGGGAAGAAAAAAUACCAGCUCACAAGAAAGACAGCAAAACAACGAACAAUCACGCACAACACCAUGAGGAAACCAGAGGGUAAAAUAGGGAAACAAAUUAACAUGAUGGGAAUCAGGUGUGUGCAAUCAAGACAAAACAAGUGGAACACAGAAACAUAGAUCGGUGGCACUAAUUUUUUUACCAAAAUAUAUUUUAUAAUAAAUAUGACCUGUGCCUUUAACAGAUGAAAAUGACAAAACGCUUUAAUGAAGAAACAGAUUUAGAAAACAGACAGAGAAAUUAUUUGCAUUUGCAAAAAUUAACUAAUUCUGCUGACUAACACAAUAAUGUGUCAAAUUUGUAUAAAGUCAGUUUUCUUUUAUUGUCGAUUUUCUUAAUUUUCUGUAUAUUUCCAUUGAUUUUAUUGUUAAGGAAACUAACUAUUUUUUAUUUUUUAUCACUGUAGUAACACAAGUAACCUCCUGUAGUAACACAAGUACUGUAGUAACACAAGUAACCUCCUGUAGUAACACAAGUACUGUAGUAACACAAGUACUACUAACAGUGUUCGGUUUUUAAUCUGCAAUUAUUUAUGGUAUUAAGCAGUAUGAUGAUAGAAAUGAAUAAUUACAUAUUUUCACAAUAGGUGCACAUACUGAAAAUGUACUGGUCAGUUUAUUGGAACAUGGGACUUGUAACACCAGAGUUGUUGUUUUGAUUUUCACAAGGGGCACAUACUAUAUGUGUUAACUGAUAAAAGGAUAACGGAUAAAAGCUUCAGCUAAAAUGACCAUACAAGUCUUAACACAGAAAUGUCUUAAUCAUGGGAAUACAGUAGGAAAGCACUUUGAAACAUAAUUGGUACUGGAGAAUGAAAAGCCUUGUUAGGAAUGCAGUUUAUUAAUUAAAAAGUAUUACAUUUUAGUCAUUUAGCAGACGCUCUUAUCCAGAGCGACUUACAGUUAGUGAAUACAUAUUUUUUUAUAC